GGGAAUUUCUGGAAAAUGCAAGCUAGAAUUUCACACAGCUCAAUGUGACAUCUUUUCUUUUUCAUGUCUUGCCCAACAGUCCAUAACCCAGAUAUAUUUAGUAGUAUCAUAUAUAACAAAAAAAACCAGCAACUCCUUACAUAUGAGAAGCUGUAACUUCAAAUAUUUGCAAUUUUCUGCCUAGAAAAUGUUAAAAUUAUCGUUAAUUUAUCAAAAUAAUUAUUUUUAUUUUUCUGUCGAUUGACACGUCAGUUAAACGCCCUUAAAUGCAUCAUUACUACAAAUCAACAGCUUACAAAUAUGUGUGGAUAAAUCACUUCUAGAACCCAGUAACACAGCUGGAAAACCACUGCAGGAAUACAGAAGAAUAACAUUCAAACUUUCAGACUUCCCUAUGAAUAUUCUCUUUAUAAUUAACAGCAGAAAGUCGGUCUAAUUAUACCUCCACAGCCCUGAGCAGACCAAACAUGGCAGACGACCGACAGGGUGUUACAGGGCUUACAGGCUUGUUGCCAUGACAACAGAGGAGCCUUUCUCCCCCUCUCUCUCUCUCUCUCUCUCUCUGUCUCUUUAAUGCACACACACACACACACACGUACACACCACACUGUCACUCUCUCUCUGUCUGCCCCUGUUGUGUACACACACACACACACACACACACACACACACACACAUACAGUAUUACAGUGGAAUCCGCCUUGCUUUGAGAUCCGUGCUCUGCUACUGGAAGCAGGAAAAAAUACAGGAAAUACAGCAAGGAGCGUAGGGGACACUCCACAUCUGUUUUGGAUGCUCCAAAUGAGUGUACCUGCAGCAGCGGCACAGAAAUCAGACGGCAACAACAGUGAAAUGCAAUCAGCUGCAGUGGCGCCCUCCUUCAUCCCCAGCCAGUCGGGGAAGAUACCGGGCAGGAAGAGAGGGAGACCCCCACUCCGCAAUGUCGCCAAGAUGGAUUUUCCUAAUCGUUACCCCGAGUCCCUUCCUCCCCUCAAAGUGCCAAAGAAGAGGGGGAGAAAGCCAGGAUUCAAGCUCAAACCUAGGAUGGUGAUGACGCCGUUGGCUAUCUCUCCACCCAGCAGCACCCCUGAACCUGACAUGAGCUCCAUCCCUCAGGAUGCCGCCACCAUCCCCCAUUCUGCUACACCCCAGGUGCUCACAGUCUGUAUCUACAUCAACAAGCAGGCCAACACAGGUCCCAACCUGGACAGGAAGAAGAUCCAGCAGCUCCCCGAUCACUUCGGGCCUGACAGGCCCUCUGUGGUGCUCCAGCAGGCUGUCCAAGGCUGCAUUGACAGCGCCUUCCAGCAGAAAACAGUGUUCACUCUCCUCACACAAGGCUACGGGGGAGAAAAAAUAUCAGCCACAUUUGAUGGGAAACAGCACCUUCUCAGCCUCCCCGUGGUGAACAGUAUUGACUAUGUGCUUCGUUUCCUGAAGAAGCUCUGCCGCAGCUUGCACUGUGAAAACCUCUUCAGUGAUGAGCCCAUUACCCAGCACAGUGGUGGCUCCUACCAGUCAGAUGCUGAGACAUCCGUGGCCGAGGACUACCAUUUAGACCAGUCUGAGGGCAAGCGCUACUCUGUGGAUCCCGGCGAUUCUGCUUUCAGCUCCAUAAGCUCGUCCUACUCGCCAAAGUCCUCCUACGGGUUUCGUUCGUCACAGCAGUUCUCCAACGGCUCGGCCUCCAUGAACUUGUGCCGGCAGUCCUCGACCAGCCCAAACAUGUUCCCAGAGAGCAACAGGACAGGUUACAAUGCAUCUUCAGAGUCCCAAGAGUCCAAGGCUCCGCCCAACAAGGACCCAUCCACCUGGUCUGUGGAAGAUGUUGUGUGGUUCAUCAGGGAUGCAGACCCCCAUGCUCUCGGCCCCCAUGCAGACAUCUUUAGGAAACAUGAGAUCGAUGGAAAUGCGUUGUUGCUCCUGAAGAGUGACAUGAUCAUGAAGUACCUCGGACUGAAGCUGGGGCCGGCCUUGAAGCUUUGCUACCACAUCGACAAACUAAAGCAGACUAAGUUCUGAAACAUUUCAACAAUCACUUCCUCCCCUUGAAUCCAACAGUACAUUUGAAACAUCAGAUUCUGCAGGCUUAACGAGCCUCACUUCCUUUAGAAUCCCAAAAAGUAAGAUGCAUCAAAACCUUUUUUUCUGCCAUAAAAAUUAACUAAGAAAGAGACACACAAAGAAUGAAAUAUUUAAUUAAUGGGCAAAUAUAACUUUAUCUUCAGUCUUUUACAGCUAUUAUAAGAGUAGCAUCCAUCUUUAUUGUGACAUUAUAAGGUUAGCAUAAAUGUUAGCUUCUCCAACAAGCUAACAACACCUGCAGUUUGUGUAACUUCAAACAUUUUGAAACUUCUUUCAUGAUUAACACUCUAUGAGAAAGAUGAUUUAACUAGUUUUCAACUGUUUUCAUAACUGUUUUUGGCCAACUGGGGGCAGCAGAAACAAGAUGUAAACAUAACAUUGACACAUUACCGCAUUUUAAGUUGAUUGUUGUGAGCAAAAAGCUAAUUUACACAUCCUGCAGUCACAGAGAAACAUCAUCACUCAAAUGUAGUCGUGUUUGUGUCUACCUGAAAAAUGCACGUCCGAUAUUCACCCUCGUUUAGCGCUGUUUUCUUACCAACUUCCGAGGGGAAAUAUCUGGCUCUUUAGCUGCUAAAUGCUCCACUAUGUACUAGACAGCAGCUUUGUCUGUCUGAUGUUUGGUGCUGAACGGGUUGCAUUCAUUGGGUUUUUAGAACUUUUUCAUUGAAAACAGUUGCCUGCAAUGAGAGCUUUGAGAAUGAACCAAAACAGUAAAUUUGUGGUCUAGAGUCUGAACUCUGACAGUCUGGUUCAAUAAAGAGUGGAAAAGAGCACUAAUGGAAGUGAUGCACCUUAUAUCUGGCACCCGUUACACACCCUUUACCUGGGCUCCCCAGAUGUGAGGUUCGUAGUUGGACCCUCGUUACAUUUUGCCAACAAUUUUCAUGAUGUCAUGUAGUAGUAAUCACAACUUCACCCCUCUUUUUCCUCUGUCUCCUCUGACUUACUUCUUAUACUUUGGGCAGAGAUUUUAAACUGAAAACCAUCAGAUUGUGGAAUGCAUCUAUCAUACACGUUACCAUAAUGUAAUGGGUUAAAAACGGAUGGUACAAGAAAAAUCUCACAGACCUUCCCAAGCAGCACAUCUGUCUGCUGCAUGCAGAUUUCAAUAUAUAUACUGUAUAUUCAUCAUCUGACAAGAAAUGUAUAACACAAAACACUUUAUACCUUAAACUUUCACUUUGUCAAACCUCACUAUAGGAUCUUGUUUACUCUACCAAGCUGAAAACAUAUCUAUACCUGUACUGAAAAAUGGUGCGUUAAAUACUACACUGCUUUUUUGAUUGAGAGAUUUAGAAAAUCAUUUUGAUACUAUUUUUUCGCAUUACUGUGUAACAAAAAAAAGAGUAAAGUUCCCAUUGGAUUCAUCUCUUUUUAUUAUAAUUUUAAUAUUAACAAACAGUAUAAUCUAAACAAAAACAAACAGCCUACAUAGAAAGACAGUAGCUCUCUUGUUGAUAUAUAUAAAGAAAAAUUACAGCAUUGUGAACGUGAUAUAUUUAUGUUUCUAUAUGCAAGAUUGUUACAUGCCAAUUAUCUCCAUAGGCUCCUCAUGUAUACUCAUAUGAACUUUUUUUGAAAUUCAUAUGUUUCUAUGUUUUUAUCGAGCACCAGUGUGAUACAGAAGCAGUCAAAACACACUAAACACCCAAAUGUUACACUGAGAAAACCGAAAAGGCCAUGUAAAUGGGUAUAUAAUAUAGUAUUGCUUUUGUAUACCACUUUUGGUGUACAGUAUGCAUCCUUUUUUAAUCAAUUAACCUUUGUAAGUGAAUGCUGCUGUAAAGAUAUUACAUGUAAGCCAUGCCUAGUGAGAUCAAGCUGAGGUGUUUUAUUUUGAAAAUCACUAUGAAUAAGAGUUUUAGAGAAAGCUGAGUGGAUCAGUACUCUAUGCCGGUGCUAAAGUUAUCAUGUAUUUAACUGUUUGCCUUUGUGUUUGUGAGAUGUAAAGGAAACCCUAUGUGUAUACAGUACUGUAUGUGAGUAUUAAAUUAAGAAACCAAUUAAUCAGA